AUGUUAAACUGCUUUUGCUGCACUUCUCACGAAGAUCAAGAACCAACGAUCAGUGCUCAAAAGAAAACGGAUUACCCAUGGAAUAUGUACACCCUCAAAGAACUUGUGCACGCAACCAACAAUUUCCAUAACGAUAACAAGAUAGGGGAAGGAGGGUUUGGGAGUGUUUACUGGGGUCGAACAAGUAAAGGGGCUGAGUUAGCAGUGAAACGGCUCAAGUCAAUAAACGCGAAAGCUGAAAUGGAAUUUGCAGUUGAGGUGGAGAUUCUUGGAAGAGUUCGACAUAAGAAUUUGUUAGGACUUAAAGGAUUCUAUGCUGGGGGAGAUGAAAGGCUUAUUGUCUAUGAUUAUAUGCCAAACCACAGCUUGCUGACUCACCUCCAUGGCCAACUUGCUGUCGAUUGUCUCCUAGAUUGGCCUCGACGAAUGAGCAUUGCCAUUGGUUCAGCAGAAGGAUUAGCGUAUUUGCACCAUGAAGUAACUCCUCAUAUAAUCCAUCGAGACAUAAAAGCUAGUAACGUACUUCUGGAUUCGGAUUUUCAAGCAAAAGUUGCUGAUUUUGGGUUCGCGAAACUUAUUCCAGAUGGGGUUACUCAUAUGACCACAAGGGUAAAAGGAACCCUAGGGUAUCUUGCACCAGAGUACGCCAUGUGGGGAAAAGUCUCAGAAAGCUGUGAUGUUUAUAGCUAUGGGAUACUGUUACUUGAGAUCUUAAGUGGUAAAAAGCCAUUAGAGAAGCUCCCUGGAGGUAUCAAGCGUGAUAUUAUACAAUGGGCAACUCCAUUUGUUCAAAAGGAUUCGUAUGAGCUCAUCGCUGACCCCAGAUUGAAGGGUAGAUUUGAUCAUGCGCAGCUAAAGGUUGUGGUGAAGAUAGCCCUGGCUUGUACUGAUAGUGAUCCAGAGAAUCGGCCCAGCAUGCUGGAGGUGGUGGAAUGGCUAAAGAGUGGUAUUGGUAGCAGGAGGAAGGAGAUACGUAUUGUUAAAGAUCGAGUGGAUGAAACCGAGGAUGAAGAUGAUUUCUGUGAUGAUGAUACUGAUUAUUAUGAAACUUUUGAUAUGAAGAAGCAUUCGGGUAGGGUUCCAAAAAUGCCAUCGAGAACAAGAUGAAUUAGAGCUACAAUUUUCUUAAAUCAAUUCUCUAGAAUUUUUAGUUGAUAUAUAUUUAUCAUGUAAUUAAACUUCUGUUACUUUUCUGUUUGAUUGGUUUUGCUUAUUCUAUAUUUACAUCCGUAUUAUUUGAUGUACUUCUCUUGUGAGUGGGUG